AUGUUAAUGCGGCUAUACACGUUCUUCGUUGCGGCACUGCUUGCCUGUUGCACUGCAGCCGGACCAUUGCAUCCCGAAUUACCGCAGCUUGUGGGAAAGUCAUGGAUCCCGGACUGGUGGUUCCCCUUUCCCAGGCCGUCCACUAGGGCUGCGACUACAACAACUACACCAGCGACAUCGACGACCGGACUAGCAACCACUACGACAAAGCCUACAACUACGUCGUCAAAGCCGGUUACUCCAACUCCCCAGCCAGCAACUUCAACAGCCCAACCUGCUAUCUCAUCGACUGCGAAUGCUACUGCGACUGCUCCUGCCUCCUCAGCCUUAACCUCCACCACAUCCUCUUCCACCUCUGCCUCUACCUCCACCUCGGCUGCCGCCCCGUCUACUCCCACUAUUGUUGUACCUUUUGGUCAAGUCAUCCGGAGCUGCACUGUGAAGGGCACUGUUGCAAUCACUUUUGACGACGCCUUUAACACCGGCCAUCAAUUUGCUUCCCAUACCUACGACCACGCCGAUCUAUCCACCCUUAAUGGCGCCGGCAUCAUAUCCGAAAUGACAAAGCUCGAUGACGUUCUAGCUACUAUUACUAAUGGAUACCGCCCGACUUAUAUGCGCGUGCCCUACUUUGCAUAUAGCCCCUUGGUCUUGCAGACUAUGGCCGACCUUAAGUAUCAUGUUAUCGAAGCUGAUAUUGACACCAAGGAUUAUGAGCAUGAUACUCCUGACGGCGUUAGUGUCAGCGUUGGUUUCUUUAGGGAUGGUCUAAACGCAGGUGGCAGCAUUACGCUGGCUCAUGACGUACAUCAGACUACUGUUGAUCUCCUGAUCCAGCAACUCCUGGAUGAGUUGAAACGGAGAGGCCUGAAAGCCGUUACUGUUGGAGAAUGCUUGGGGGAUCCACGAGCAAACUGGGUACCGAACCACCCCUGUGCAGGUACCCACGGGCACUUCGACCACAAGCCCGACGGUCACUCCCACUAG